UAAAGUCCUUUUUCGUCCAUCCACACCUCCCACCUGCAAAAUUCUCAAUUUCCUUCACAAACCCUGAUUUCUCUGCCCCUCAAAGUUUCAAUCUUUCUGUUCGAAUUUUGGAAUUUUAGGGUUUUCAAAGGAGUCUGAGAUUUGGGUUUUUUCUCAGACGCAGAUUAUAUCAAGGAAAAAUGCUUCUACGGAGCUCAUCGACGCCGGUGCUCAAUUCAUUGCUGCCGCAUUCCAAAGACUCGACAUUUUCCGAUCAGCAGCCGGAAAUGGUCCCGCAAAUUUCGAGAACUCGCUCCGUUAUCCUCUCGGCGUCGUCGCGGUCGCCCUUUUUGCUGUCGCCGAUCAGCGACUCGAUGAGGAGGUUGACCCGGGCGGUCUCCGCGGACGAUCUCAGAGAUUUCUCAGUUGCGUCGCCGAGAAGAAAGGCCUAUAGCAACCCGUUAAAUGGGUUUGAGGAGAGAGAGGAGGAGGAAGAGGAGAUAAAGAUGGAGAUGGGCUUUGCUGCUUCUGGGUUUGGCGGAACGGCGUCGUUGGGAUUGCCGGAGUUUGAGGGGUGUGAGGAGGGGACGAGGGAGAACAGGGGGUUGCUGAGCGUUUUGGAUGGGAGUGGCGUUGGUGGAGGAGGCGGCAAGAUCUGCGGUGGUAAUGGCGGAGGGAGUGGUGGAUCGGACGAAGGAGAUGGUGGGAGCAAUGGGUUUUGGGAAUCGAAUCAAGGCGGUGCGAGCACUGAUGCGUACUACCAGAAAAUGAUCGACGCUAAUCCUGGAAAUCCCAUGCUCCUUAGCAAUUAUGCUCGAUUUUUGAAAGACGUUCGAGGGGAUUUCGAAAAAGCCGAAGAAUACUGCGGGAGAGCAAUUCUGGCGGGCCCGAACGACGGAAAUGUUCUGUCAAUGUUUGCGGAUUUGGUAUGGCAGAUUCAUAAGGAUGCUCCCAGAGCUCAGUCUUACUUUGAUCAAGCUGUUCAAGCUGCCCCUGAUGAUAGUUAUGUUCUAGCAUCAUAUGCGAAAUUCCUCUGGGAUUCGGAGGAGGAGGAGGAGGAAGACGAAGAGGAAGACGAGGAGGAGAAUGUGAAAGAAGGGGCGAAUAACAGGGCUUCGGCAACCAAUUUGUUUCAUGGAAUUCCUCCCGUACCACCUCCAUUAGCUGCUGCUGCAUAGAUACGUAGAGAUAUGUGUAUCUACAUGUUCAGAGGCUGACCUUUUGUUUGUAUAAAGUUUUAACCUUUUUGGGUGAUACUUUGGAUGCUGCUGCUUUCGUGAUAAAUUGGGUUGGGUUGGUUAUGUUAACUGAUAGCUCUGUUUUUGUUGUCAACAUCUUUUCUACUCAAAUCUUUGUAAAAAGAAAUGUAACAAAAAUAAGUUAUGGAAUGGAAAUUUUUGAAGGCAUAA